CAACCAUCAAUGCAUCUUUCAACCUUUCUAUCUUUAAUCGAUAUUUUGACUUGUAUGCAAUUGUAUAUGUACACCUAUAACCUAGGUUAUUACCUAUAGGUGAUUGGAUUAUACUAAUUGUCAAUAUAUCGAAUGCAAUUGAUGUUUCAACAUAGCUAACCACGAUUAAACAAAAGCAUUACAAUGCCUCCUCGACUAUAUCCUGGAUCAUAUACUCGAUUGGCUUUUCCAACCCUUCGCCUACUCCGUUUAUAUUCAAGCGAUGCCGGUCCCCUCAUUCGAGUCACAAAUGUCCCUGCUCCGAACUCAGGUCAUAUUCGCAUCCUCGAACUAAACCGACCGUCUACACGAAAUGCCAUAUCGAAAGCCCUCCUCGCCGCUCUACGGGCCGAAGUAGCUGAUGUCCAGGCGCAAUACACUGCAGAGGGUCAAGAGAUACCACCACCCAAAACUUUUGGGGGCGCGGCAGGUAUCGAUCAAAAGGGCCCUACGAGAGCCUUAGUUCUGGCCAGUGCGAUCGAUACGAGCUUUUGCGCGGGCGCAGAUUUAAAAGAGAGGCGGGGCUUCACCCAAGAAGAAACAUCUCAGUUCCUAGCAAACCUCCGCGGCACGUUUUCCUCCCUCUCUACUCUUCCCGUACCUACCAUUUCGGCCAUCUCUUCCAUCGCUCUUGGUGGCGGCCUCGAACUUGCUCUUUGCACGCACUUCCGCGUUCUCGCCUCGAUUGCGACGAUAGGUCUUCCCGAGACGCGGCUAGGCAUUAUACCCGGUGCCGGCGGUACCUAUCGACUACCAGCACUUAUUGGGCUUGCGCGCGCUCGAGACAUUAUCCUCACUGGCCGUCGGGUUUCCGCUCCCGAGGCGUAUUUCCUGGGAAUCGCCGACCGAUUAGUCGAAGUGCUACCUGAGGACGAGCGUGAUGGUGUAGACGAGGUAGACGGACAGGCCGCAAAAGACGGGUUACCCGCUCGAGCCCGGACUGCGGUGCUAUCCGAGGCGGUCAGGAUGGCGAGUGAGAUCUGCCAAGGCGGCCCGAUUGCUGUCCGGUCCGCGCUCCAGGCGGUCAGUUGGGCGAGAGAAGAGGUGGAAAAUGCGAUGUACGAACGCGUUGUGAAGACGGAAGAUCGGGAUGAGGCUCUAAAGGCAUUCCAAGAGAAGAGGACACCGAUAUUUACGGGCCGAUAAGCUAAUGAUGUUUAGUAGAGAUUAUUGUCUGCCUUGUAGUGAUAUUCACGUGUGAUUAGACUCCUACGUGGAUGCUACUGUUCUAUGACACGUUGAGACAUGCAAUUUUCUGAACAUUAAAAAGGGAGACCUUGAAUAUAGUAUCUAUCCUUUACAGCAAUCUACGUCAUGCAUUUGCAUCCCUCCAAAGCGCUAGGCGAGACACGUCGUCACAGACUGUCGACACAGGAAACAUAGACAGUAGUAGUACCUAGGUUACAGGGGUAAAUGAGCUUUUCGAAUUCGAAUCUGCUCGACCCAUUCUAUUAUACGAAGCACACCUAUAUUUCAUCA